AUGGCUAUGUCUAGCAACGAAAAGCGCGCAUUAGAGAGAACCAAAUGCCGAGAAGCUUUAGCAGCGCACAUCCAGUUGCGACUUGGUCUCGUCGUCGCUCCCAACCAAGUCCGUCUCCAGCCACGAGCCGAGGACAAAUACGCCUGGUCCGUGACCGAGCCCAACAAGCAUCUCUUGCAGUCGAGCCUCAGCGGUGGGAACGUUCGCCUGUACCGGUCUAUAUGCGAGGAACUCGGCCGAUCGCUCGAGGCCGUUACGCCAUUGACUUUACAGAGCUCCCCUUCGGAUCCGGAGAGCAGUGCAGAGGAGCCCCCGCACCAGGUUGAGAAGGGAACCGUAUCGUUUACAGCGCAGAUCCGCGAGUUGGAAGCUGCAAAUCGCGAGCUGGGGAUUGACCUCGACCGGGCACGGAGUCGUCUGGAGGAGUCACUGGGCGAGAGCAGCCAUUUGAAAAGCGAAAACUCUCGACUUCAGGCUCAGCUUCAGGCCAGUGAGUCCCGGGCAAGAGAUUUUGAGGUUGAGUUGGAUCGCGUGCGGCUAGGAGUAACGGAAGCGGUGCAGGUCUUAUCACGAGGUGGAAGCGAGUCAGGCCAGCACAAAUCAAAUGGUAUCGGUGAACCGGGAAAGAUUGCGCGCUAG